CAGUACAGUACAGCGCUCCUCGAGCCAAUACCGCCUAUUGCUCCGAUCUGUGCCGCUCUUCGGUGGAUACAGACCAGCGAGACGAACUCGGAAAGGAAACGUCCACAAUACCAACAAGCCACAAUAAAACAAACAAUGACAUUUUCAGUGAUAAAACAAAAACAAAUAAUAAUUUGACAACUUCUGACCUACUCCGCGCUUCAGCUGCUGCUUGCUCUUACCGCCCCAGCCCAGCCCAGCCCAGAGGCCCGUCGGGACCAUGAUGCUCAGCAGUUCGGUGGAGGUGCCCAGCCCGGGGGGCAUGAGCGCAGCAGCCGCCCGGAACGUGGUGCGCAGCUCCAGCAUCAGCGGGGCCAUGUACAGCCUGGAGAAGAGCCCCGGGGGGGCCUCCGACUCUGCCAGCCUGGCGGGAAACAAGAAGCGCCGCUCCAGCCUCGGAGCCAAGAUGGUAGCCAUCGUGGGACUGUCCCAGUGGAGCAAGAGCACCCUCCAGCUCAACCAGCAAGAUGGUGGGACAAAGAAGCUAAGGAGCACCAUCCGGCGAAGCACGGAGACAGGCAUCGCCGUGGAGAUGAGGAAUCGCGUGACGCGGCAAGGUAGCAAAGAGUCGACUGACGGCAGCACCAACAGCAACAGCUCCGAUGGAACGUUCAUUUUUCCAACCACUCGCUUGGGAGCCGAGAGCCAGUUCAGUGACUUCCUGGAUGGCCUUGGCCCCGCCCAGAUCGUAGGUCGACAGACCUUAGCCACACCGCCAAUGGGGGACGUCCAUGUGGGGAUGGUAGACAGGGGAGGCCAGCUGGAGGUUGAGAUCAUCCAGGCGAGAGGGCUCACCCCCAAACCCGGGUCAAAGAACAUCCCAGCGACGUAUGUGAAGGUAUACGUGCUGGAGAACGGGGCCUGUCUGGCGAAGAAGAAGACGAAAGUGGUGAAGAAGACUCUAGAUCCGGUGUACCAGCAAGCUCUGCUCUUCGACGAGACCCCACAGGGGAAAGUCCUGCAGGUGAUUGUGUGGGGUGACUAUGGUCGCAUGGACCACAAGUGCUUCAUGGGAAUGGCGCAGAUCCUGCUGGAGGAGCUGGACCUGUCCUCCACAGUCAGCGGCUGGUACAAGCUGUUCCCCACGUCCUCGCUGGCCGACCCCACCAUCGGGCCCCUGACCCGCCGGCUCUCCCAGUCCUCCCUGGAGAGCGCUACCAGCCCGUCCUGCACCUAGAGCCGGCCUGCCGGACCAGAACUGUACAGACACUCCGCCUUCCUGCCACCCGGACACGCCCACAAGCCCGCACACCCUCCCCCACACCAGCACCUACCUAAACGCACAGAUACACGGCCUGUCUCUCUUAACUGUCUGAAACAUCCACAGGGUGAUAAACACAUGUGCAGACACACACACAAACACACACACACGCACAUGCUCGUACACACACAAUAGGAAAGGAAGCAUGGAGAGAACAGGCAGAAAUCGGAUUGCUCAUAAAAAUGGCGUGAUCACAGGAUGGAUGCUGAAACAUGGACAUGCAAGCACACACACUCAUACACACACACACACACACACACACACACACACACACACAGACACACAGACACAGACACACACAGACACACAGACCACACAGACACACACACACACACACACACACACACAGACACACACACACACACACACACACACACAUACACAGACACAGAGAGAAAGAGAGAGACUGACAGAUAUCAACCGAGGGGGGUCCACAAUUCCCCCAACCUCUAAUGGUAGCAUCACUAUGUGCUGUAUGCAGAUAUAAGAACACAAGGAAUAUUUAUGAGAUACAUUAACAACUGUGGGAGAGGGUGUGGGAGAGAGGGGUGGCCAACAGUGUCUGUCACACUGUAAGCACACCAUCACACACGCACAGCCAGAGAAAGGAGCGUUUACCUGAGACAAAGCAAAUUUGGCCAAACAUCCCAGCCAGUUUUAGCAAUGAGCUUAAAUGUGCUCCAGCCUACUUCCAUCUUUUAAAAAUAAUUUUAAACAGAAGAUGUAGCAUUUUCUCGUAUCUUCCUCAGAUCGCUCCCUCUGACGAACCAGGAAGCCAUUUGUCUUUGGCUUUCUGGUUGUGUGACUAGUAUAUGUCACUUCCAGAGAAAAGAAACACAACCACAAAAGAAGUUUCAUUGUACUUCUUAUUCCGUUCAAAUAUUUCUAAUCUGUCUAUGCCAAACCCGAUUUAAAAAAAACUUUAUUUUUUAAAACCAAAGCAAUUAUUAUUGUUAUUAUUAUUACUAUUAUUAAGAAUUGCUAUACUCAAUAAGAUGUACGGAAAUGUAGCAGAGUCGAUGACUUCAAUGAAAUGCAAAAAAGUACAAAAUAUGAAAGAUGAUUUCAUAAGAAAUGUAAUAGCAACCGACGGGCAGGACACCUAAACGGCCAAAAAAAAAAGAAAAGAAAACAACAACAAAACAAAAUCAGCUUUCACUGGUCAAGUUCUGAAAUGCACCUAAGUAUGGUUGAGUGAAGUACUGUAGCGUAAAACUGACUUCAGAGAACAGAGCUUAUAAAUAUAUAGAUAGGUAAAUAGAUUUAUUUGUGUUCAUGUUCGUAUAUAUGCUGCGUUCUGCACGUUUUACUUGCAACCCUUCUUGAAACUUAAAAAAGUGCUAUUUCUAGCUUGCCUUUAAAAAUAAAGAUAGACUAUAGAUAAUGUUUUAUUUAUUUUGCUAAUGUUAACUCUACCAGUCUUGUUUAAUGGCCAUGAUCUGCACUGAGAAAAGAAUCACAGGAUAUAGACAUUCCGUUACACUCCAGAGCUCCAAGAAGUUAUUAGUUGAGAGAAUGCUAUUCCCACCAAUAGCAUUGUAAGACAAAUACAAUUCUACCAGCAUCCAUCACAGACAGCUGCUGUCAAAAUGAAGAUUUGACGUUAACGUGGGGGCACAUGGUUACUGUAGAUGCGUCACUGCUGGCGAACAAAGACUGGCCCACUUCUUCAAGAUCUUCAAGCUUCACAAAGGUCUCUGGGAAAUGUAGUCUUGAAAGGUUAUUUUUUGAGACACAGAACCACAGUGGACCUCACCACCCAGGACCCAGGAUCCUCCUCCUCGCCACCAGCCUCGCAGUUUACGGCUGCGUUUCCCUACUCUUCCUAUCUUCUUCAGGAUGUUUUAUAACAUAAAGGUCAACAUCCUGAGAUCUUUCAAUUUUCUCUUCCUGAGCCCAGAAUAAAGAGAUAUUCAUAUAAAAAACUACAGAGGAAUGUAACCCAACACACCUGAGGGACUUAAGAUUGUGUGUUAAACCAUCUUUGACUGAAACAUUUGACUGAAACAUCAGCUUUCUCGAAUGAUACAGCUGAUAAGUAAAAUGGAGAUUUUAAUUCUUUCUUUCUAUCUAAUAGAUAUAUCUUUGGUAUAUUUUCUGAGCUUGAUUUGCUUUCUUUGAACAAGGCUAAACAAGGUUGAAAAAGAAAGAAAAUGUAUACAAAUACUGUCUAACAUUAGAGCAGACAGAAGGGGAGGAGGGUUUUUUGAAAGGUCUCAGAUUAGUGUAUUUAAUUCUAGGCUGCUUACUGUCACUGAAGAGAUGCUCAGGACCUCCAAUGUUGAAGCGAUACUCACCCUUUUGUUUGGAUACUUCUCCCGAGAGACCCAAAAUAUGAACAUCUACAGAAAAAAUUUUGGUCACAUUUCUUUGUGAAUUUAUUUUUGAACCAUGCUGCCGUUCGUUCCGUUUGAAGAACUUUGCUGUGCUGGGUCCUAUUGACUGGUGCAUCUCUGCUCUAGAACUAUAGUGGCAGGUAUUAUAAAUGUACAGCAUUUACAAAGACAGUACUCUUGAGACUUUAAUGUCAUCAGACAUUCUGUCGCUGUCAACUACCCCUUCUCCAGUACAUUCUUUUUUGUUAUUCUAAUCCGGAGCAAAUCAUCAGAUCAUCAUCAUCGUGACACCUGGGGUGAAAUACAAACAGCAGCACUGGCAGUUAAGAACAAAUUCUAGCAGAAGUUCACUGGAAACAUAGCAUGUCUAUAAAAACUGUGCGAGUACCUGCAAAAGACCCCUCGAAGGAUAAAAACAGCAAUUUAAAAACAGCAUGUAGUUUUUAUUUUUUAUUAUUGCCCAAUGUUAUCUGCGCAGAAUUUGGACUGUUGCAUUCUGAGGAACAGGAGUUGGAUUCUGCCACAGAAAUUUGCCCAUGUGAAAGACGGAUAAGAGAAGACCCUCCCCCUGAUCUGCUGUCUGCUACUCUGUUACGCACAGAGAGCACCCCAGGGAACAGCCAGUGCCGCACUACCACAUAGGGUUUCUGGAGCAUUAGCAUCAUGAUAUUGCAUCACCAGAGCAUUGCAACAGUGUACAGCACUAAUUUAAUUGGGCGUUUGGUUCUCCAGCAGGGAUUAGGUGUGAGAGGUGCAUUCUGGGUAUUGUUUCCCCUACUGCACCAGUACAGUGAAGAGUCCUUUUGGGUCCCCCCAGACUCCUGUAGAGACCCAUAUACACGGAGUUACUGCAUUGUUUACCAGUCAAAGCAUGUAUCACACUCACUAAAUUUACUCAGUUGUGUUUUUAUUUUUCUGUUACUGUUUUAUUUUCUUGGAAUUCCUUUUUUAUAGAAGAUUUCAAAUAAGAAAGUAAGAACUUUUGUGUUUACAUUGUAAACUGCACAAUGAAAAUGGUCUUUAUGCAUGCAGAUACUGCAUCAAAUGUAACUUUAAAAUAUGAUUAUGAAUAUUAUGUUUAUAAUAAUAAUAAUAAUUAUUAUUAUUAUUGGUAGCACUGUUGAUUCAGUUGUUUCUGGAGUUUGAAGUCAAAAUAUUUUUGUUUGUUCUUUCUAUUUAUGACUUUAAAAAAUUCUUUCUAUUUUCUAUUAUAAUUUUAGUUAUUUUACGGGUAGAAUUGGUUCCCUUAAGUGGCAAAAAAAAUUGUUAAGAAAGUUUGCUUUCCAGACAAGGUGGUGUCAGUGCAGGGCGUUGCACUUUACAUUCUGCACACGUUCUCUUCUGAUUGGUCUAUGUGCUCCAUAUGACAUCUCAGGACAAAUCAUAGGUACGUGCACGUUGUGCAUGAAAAGUCAGCGAGGACGGCUAUACUGGGAGGCACUUAAGGAUGAAAGGGAAGGCUUUCAAAAAGUAUACUAAUCAGUGUUUCCCCCAAGGGAUUUUGGAUUCGUUUUCUCCCUCUCUCUCACGCAGAUUUAUCUGUUUCAUCAGGAAAGUCACAGUAACUGCUGGGCCAAGUAAAUCUGUUCUUUUAAGGAUUAAUGUCCUGCAUUGCAUCUUUAACUCCCAGCCGGGAGGUUUUUGGACAGAAAGCGACAAGUGCCACAUUCCACACUUACACGCGAUCGCUCUUAACAGCCUGGUCACAUGCUAACAUUGCAUCUAGCCUUCCUUUGCGGCAGUCUUAACCCGAGAAAACCUAUGCCGCCCCUCAUAAGCGCUUGUUUUCCUCUGCGUGUCGUCAGUCAUUUCGACCUCUUUUUUUCGUAUUUCUCACAGCGUUUGCUUGCUGAGCAUGAAAGGGCCUCUUCCCCCUGUGAAUACGCGGACAGGCCAAAAAGCUUUUAACGGGGACGUGUUGUGGACGUAGCUGUGAGGCCAGCGUUCCCUGUCUGGUGGACUGCUACACGCAACGCAGUCGCUUCAGUAGCUUCACACAGCGCUGACGGUAAUGGGGAGGGGAGACGAGGGGGAAGGGCAAACUGCCCCAGAGAAUUCAGCAUUGGUUUCUUAGGAUACUGUCGGGAGAAAAAACGCUUUUCGGUGACAUUCAUACCCUUUUAGCAUCAGCAUGGUGGCAGUUUUCACAGGCCAGAUGCCGCUUGUGGUUUCCAGACCGGAAAAGAGGUGCUAGAGGGAUGAUAGCUCUCCUUUAGAACAUUAAGCUUAGCUCCACUUACAUACGGUUUUUUAUUUAUGGUUAUGAUGGUACUUUUUCAAAAUCUAUGUUUUCCUAGAGCGCAGAGGAGAGUAUAGCCACGUUUCCACCCAAACUACCUGGAACUUUUAGUCCCAGGAACUACUUUUCAAGGAACUAUUUGGAGCUUGGAGGGUUGAGCCUGUUCUUUUCUUUCCAAGGGUGCAUGUACCCCCAGGCUGACACCAACUUUUCUACCUUGGACUCUGCUGCCCCCUGUAGUUUGGGGCUUUUUCUGUCUUUUGUCAGGAUUAAAGCUUACAGAAUUGUUUAUGUUACUACAGCAUACAUAUGAUUUGGAUGCUUUUCAGGAGAGAAUUGUAAACCUGUCUGUAAAAACUUCAAAUGUAAGGCAUGAUAGUAUAUACAGUAAAGGGUUGGGUAUAACAUUGCAUAUGAUAUCCUAGUAUAAUCUUACUGGAUGUAGGUACAGUUGCAAGUUGAGUUUGGUUUGUCUGUCAUUGUUGAAGCCAAAGCUAAACCACAAACCAAAAUGAGUUGAGCAUUUUGGCAGUAGAAUCCCUUUCAGACACUGGCUUGAGCCUGAUGUACUGGGCAGAAUCUGAAAUACAGCUAACUUAAUGUGAUGUCACUGCCGCUGUUGCCUUGUGACAACAUGUUAAGUUAGCUUGGUGGCAGCGUCCCUUGCAGUGUGCCCCUCAUGCCGUAUUAGUUUGUACAAUUAACUGUUUUGACAUAUUUAAGGCUCGCAUUGGGGUCAUGGAUGUGAAGCUCAUGUAGCCUGGAUAGGCCCAUGUUUCGCCCUGUUCUGAAGACCAACUAAGUUCCAGAAGGAUCCAUGCUGGGGACUUACAGGGUUGAAAACAAGGGAAAGGAGCCCGGUCCUGUAGCGACAGACAUACUGAUUUUGCUCGGACAUCCGGCACCCCUUUACUGUGUAAAAAGGCGGUGACCUCCAAACCUGCAAGAGGCUCAUGGGCCUUCACAGCGUUGGAUGGGAAAUCUCCAGUGUUCUGCAUGGUGUCCACUUCCAGUGAAGGAGCAGCUAGGAAUGAACAGUCAUGUUUAUUUGGUGUUUUAGUCUCUAUGGAAGAGUGGUGAACUAUAAAAAAAACAAAAAAAAAAAAAACUACCUUUUUUCAUUUUUUGCACAAGAUGGAAAUGAAUAGCACCUUCAUGACCAGGAAAUGUCUAUGGGCAAAGAGGAGAGGAAUACACUAAAAUAAAAAAAAACUUGUUCAACUAUAAUGUUUAAAUGGAAACUAUAUACAUGUAUUGAAAAAAAAUCCUUAUUCACAGCUGAAUGUUUUUUUCCUUGGUACACAAUGUAAAAUGACUAUUAGAUAUUAAUAUUUUUAAAUGUGGUUUUUACGUAUGGGAACUUGAGAUUGUUUGUAUGUGCAUUUCUUUGUACCGUACAUGAAGUAGCCACAGAAUAUUAUAGUUCUUGCAGAUUACGAGUGGUUGAAAGAGCAGAGAGUGAAUGCAAAACCAUUGCUCACCAGGUUUUUGAGUGUAGAGGUGUAGAGGGCCUUGGUUGAAUUUCUGUGGGGGCUGCUUUCUAAGCCAAAAAGAAAUGGAGUUGUGUCAAGUGUAAUGGGCAUCGUCAGGCUCAAGUUUCAGGAUGAUAAAGUCAGUACGGGCUAGUCAUGAAAGCAUUAAUGCCAUUUCAGGAGUGGACGCUGUUUUGAAAGCCUGAUGGCAACAGUGACUGAGGAUAAAGUGAAUAAAGUGGAAUCCAGCUAUAUGAAUAAAUAAAUAAAGAAUGAGUGCUUUAUAAAUAUUUUAUUUAAUAAAAUGGCAAGCUUUGUAGUAAGACCAGAGUUUCUUAUUUUGGAGAAACAAAACAGGUUUCAAAUUUAAGAUGACAGCACUCCUACUAAAUGUGGCCUAUACAAUAGUAAAGAGGUGUCAUCAAUUUUACAAUCUCUGUUUUUCUCUGAAUUUUAGUAAUAGCCCCCACGCUGGCUACUGUGCAAUUUCAGACUCUAAUAUUAUCUGUGAUAUAAACGGAAAUUCAAAAGUGUAUCUGUUGUGCCGAAAGUAGUAAUCUUCUCUUGACGGCUCAGUGGGGUACAGCCAUUGUAUUUUGGUGUUGGUAGCAUAUUUUGAAGGCAACUUUACCUUCAUUUUUAAAAUAUUUUUGCAGAAGCUCAUGGCUCAAUUUCACGUACUAUCAAAUGGUAAAAAAAGUAAAAGCUUUGGCACAAACAGUGGACAAUGUCCAGGGCUUGAGUUAAAUGCCUGAGAAACGCACAAAAACAGGUAGCUGGUAAAUGUGGCCAGUUUGUGGGUUCUGGUUUUGUACGUUCCAUAAAAAAUAUACUUCUCAACCUCUGCACAAGAUAGAUGUGGCUGUCUGGUCUGAAGACUUUCCUGUUUAUUGACUGCUUGAUGGGACCCAAAGGAAUGAGUGUGCUUAAAUGUUGUGUAUAUCAGUAGGGAUAAACAAGUUUUGUGUGCGUAUGUGUGUGUGUGUGUGCGUAUGUGUGUGUAUUUUUGUGUGUGUGUGUAUGUGUGCGUAUGUGUGAGUAUGUGUGAGUAUGUGUGUAUGUGUGUGUGUGUGUGUAUCUGUGAGUAUGUGUGUGUGUGUGCGUAUGUGUGUGUGUAUGUUUGUACUUGCGUAACUGGGUGACAUUGAGACUGGCGGACGACCCCAGUUCUCAGAAGGGAUUGAAUCAAUAAAGAGAGGGAGGAAAACAGAAGAAAAAAACCAUUAUGUAGGCCCAUGGCAUGUUCCCACAAUGUUUUGCUGCAACCCAUUAUUUAAAAGGUAACCUGAAGGUUGACAAUCAAAUGGGUUUGAAUCCCUGUUUUGUUCAUUGCCUGGCAUGCCACAGAAUGCUACUUGCCUGUUUUUAAGAGGCGAGGAGGCAAGCAUGGUAAAGCUUAGCGUGGGAACGUUGAUUGACUUCACUGGGUUCCAUUAUUGUUUGAUCGGAGAUGCAGCUUAGCUUGCAUUGGACGUGAAUGUAUUUCCAUUUGCUGAGCUCUUAUUGAAAUGUAUAAAAUUUGACAUGUAAAAAUUAUUCCUGCUUUAGAAUGGAAUGUUGAUAACCUUGCCUAUCUUUUAUUGAUGUCUGCCAUUUUAAAUCCUCUUUAUGAGCCUUUGAAUCAAAUCCUUGGACAACGUUACUCACAUCUGCACAUAUAGCACUUCUUAAUAUAACAAUAUUGAAAUUUACUUAUUACUUCUGGAAAGAGAUUGAUAUAAUGGAUUUAAAGGAGUGUUGGGAGAUACUUUCACAGCAUUUCUAAGGUUGGAAUUCUGGCUUGGAAUUCUCUAUAAAAUGAGGGCUUGUUGCAUUUUUGAUUGCCUUACUUUACUUUGCUAAAAUGUGCUUCUGCUUUUGCACAUUUGAGAACUUAAAAAUAAUAUUUUUCUUAAAGUAUUGUAGUGAGGUAUCUAUACCUGUAAGGUCCUUGAAUGUAUUUCUUAAACAUCACACAAAAAAGUGUUGCCAUAUUUAUUUUCUUCGAGUUGAUCUGUAGUCUUGCUAGAGAACUCACGCAGGUCAUCUGGACAUGUUCAGAUGAACAGAGCUGCCCCUUGGGGUUUUCUUAUUUUUACAGACAUCUCGACAAUGGAUCACAAUGUGUUCCUGUUUCCUUGUAACUCUAUCAGUAGAAUGAGUCACAAGUUUCCAUUUCAGGAAUAGUAAUGGAUUCAGGGAAAUUGAGUGCUGAUGAGUUUAGGACUUGCUGUUGGUGGCCAGGAGGAUGACUGGUGUAAGUCUACAUUUUGAGGGUGAAAUGUAAAAAUACUCAGAUAGUCAUGAGUAUAUUUAGUAUUUAAAAAGAAUGAAGUUACAGUGUACUUUAUUAUAAUUUGUUUAUCUUAAGCAUUGAAUUUACUGCUCCGAGCUAUUGAAUAUUCUGGGAAAUCUACAGUAAGCAUUGAAAGAAAUAUAAGCAUUAUUUCUUUGUAGCAUAAAUUUAGCCUUCCUUGCUCUCUACUGUCAGGGUUUUUAUUUGGCAAUAAAUUCUUACUGUAACAAGUUUGGAUCAAUUGAAUCUGUGCAGUGACCAGACCUUUGCCAGAAAGGAGCCCAGGUUACCUCAUAUGUCAUGUCUGUAUAUUCUAAGCACUGACACAAAAACAAAUGACAGAACCAUAGUUGUUCAAAACUUGUUUUAACUGUGAACGUAAUUUCAGAAUUCAUGUGCUGAUCAGAACAAAUCAGCCAAUAUAUGAACAAAUGCCCAUCCACCUUUCAAUAGAGAAGGGUAAACAGUUUAAAAACGUGCAGAGUGUUUCGCUGCCUGUCCAUGUAGCAGUGUCCUCGAGAUGGACACAUCUUUUCGGAGUUUGCAAGAAUCAUGCCGAGUCAGCAUUUGUUGUCCACAUUCCAGUUUCUUGUCUUUGUUGUUAGUUGCAGCACAAGAACUAAGCAAGAGUUUGCUUUUUGUCCAUUUAAAUGUUUGUCAGGAUCUUGAUGGGCACAAUGUUUCCACAGAAUGGCAGCAGGGUUACACUAAACUUCUGAUGCUGUAACAAUGUUGUAGCAAUGUUACAAGAACUUUGUAGUUACCUGUGAAGUUGGACCUUCUUUAGGCUCUCCAGGACCAGGGUUGAGAUCCGCUGAUCUAGUCCAUGUUUAGCAAGCAACAGGUGUGAAUGCAUCUAUGGAGUAUGACUCCCUGCGGUCAUAUUCUGUCCAUGGAGGGGUUGUGUCCCCAAAUUGUUUUAUUUUUAUUUUUUGAUGUGUAAGAUCACGAUCGGAUACUAGGACUAAAUUGCAUUGUUCUGUUGUUAAUGGUCUGGUUUGUGAUUGUCAAUUCAUUGUAAUGAAUCCCUGUGUCAAAAACAAAGAAAGCAAGUUGGUGUGAACUAAAAAGAGCUUGAAAGUGUAAAGUAUUAGGGAUGCAUUAAACAGACAGUGAAGCUGUACUUUUAUACCUGUGCUUUGUAAAUGUUUUCUAUGUGCGGUAUUUGAUAAAUGUAAAACUGGUAUUUUUGUGGUUUGUACGCUGCAAAAUUGAUUACUUAAGGUGCACGUAGUUUUAUAAGAAAAGCAAACCAAACUCUGAAAAAAAAGAAACAUAACUUUUCAAUUCAGAAGCCUGUAUCUGCAUGCCAUUUGAACAGCUGGAAACAAAGUCAAUAAAGAUCUAUUUGAAUCAC